AUGUCGCUCACCUCUUCUCCACCUGCGCUCGACCCUCCCUUUCGUGGAUACAUUGAAACAACGUUCGAUGCCCUGCUGGUCUUCGAAGCCGCUCGCCGCGGAAUGAUUCCACGUGUGACCAGACGGUUGAUUGAACGGGAGCGCGGAAUGGUCCAAAGCGGAGCAGUGUUUGUCUUCGAUGAACAUGAGAGUGGGAUCAAACGGUGGACAGAUGGUCUAGUUUGGAGUCCAAGUAGGAUAUUAGGCAACUUUCUGGUCUAUCGGGAGACGGAGAAGCGUUCUAAUCAACCCCCAACACCGAUAUCGUCAGGUCACAAUACCUCUCCUAUACAAAGCUCCCCUUCCAUCGACCAGAACUCCAGAUUAGAAGAACCAUCAGCUUUCGGCCACGGUGCUCUGCCCAGACCGCGGAGUGCAUCAGAUGGAGGCUCCAAUUUGGACAGACAGCGAGAGAGGCAACUGGUCGGGAGUCUGGUCAACAGUAGCAAAUUCAAAGACCGUGGACUGGUCAAAAAGACGAUGUCGGUGACUGUCAACGGAUUCGCCCAGCACAUGAUCUCCUACUAUACCAUGGAGGACGUCAUGAGUGGACGUCUGAGGUCACCUUCAAGCAUACCCGAGUUGGCCUCAUUGGAGAUUUCCCCGGAAUACUUGCACAAGCAAAACUUCAGGUUCCCACCGAUGAUUGAAGUCGGAGCGGAUGGUAUUCCAAGAUACAGGUGGGUAUUCUUUUCUGAGAACCAAGAUUCGGAUUUCGAUUCACCUUGA